AUGGCCACGGCCCUCUUCGGGGCGGGGGCUCAUUGGAUCGCGGCGAUCGGCGGCCGGGCGCUUGGCACCUGGCUCGGCAGCAGCAGCAGCGGGUGCGACUGCAGUUGCCGCUUCGACGCCUCGCCCGACGAGGCCCUCAUCGGGCUGCUGAAAGGACAGCUCGACAGGUGCGGUCCGGAGCACCUGCACGGGCAGCCGACGUUCACGCCAGCCUGCCCCGAGCCUGGGCACACCCGGCUGGAGCUCGCCCUCUCGCUCGUGCUCGGACUGGUCCUGGGCGCAGUGCUCCGCGAGAGACCCAGUCAGUGGCCCAUGGCAGCCUCGCGGACUGCCAAGGCCCUGGAGACCCUGCAGGUGGGUACACGGGUCCUCGCCUACUACGAGCAAGAGGACAACUACUGGCAUGAACGGAUCCUGGUCGGCAGGAUCACUGCGACGAGAUGGGUGGUGGUCACGCCACACUUUGACAUCUACGAGGAAGACUUCGCGGACGCCCUGCAGCUCUGCCCAGUCGGCCCCCUCGGGGGCUUGCCCGCGAAGCUCUCUGGCCACAUCCUCCGCGUGGACAUGGGCCGCUACAAGAGGCACGAAGCGAGGUUGCUGGCAGAGGGCAAGCAGCUGGCUAGCGAGAUCCGCCGAGAGGAGGGCCUCCCCGACGAGCCACACGGGGCGCUCGCGCCACUGCCUGCACCUGGUGGGGCUCUCUUGGAUCGGGCUGACGCUGGUGACGCUCCUCGCUGGGUUGCCUUGGAGGCUCGCGCUGGCUACCGACCAGGUGACGAGCUUCCAGCAGGCACCGUGCCCGUCGCCAUUCUUGGAGAUUGGGGCAUCUGCGAGCUCGCCGACGGAACCAAGCUGGCAGUCGCGAAGGCCGACACCUAUGAGGGCACUCCCACCCCCCGGCAGGAGCGUCAAGCUGCAGAGCAGGAUCUUCGGACUCUCCCCGUCAAGUACGACUCCGGCGGCUCCAGGGUCAGGGACUUCGCCGAGGCGGUGGACAUCAUGUCCUCCAACCCGCAGCUGGACUUCCCUGUCCUCGGGCCGCGGGCGACCCUGUGGGUGGUGCAGCAGUUCAGGCGGCUGGGCCAGACUCCCCUGCAGCGACACAUGUGGUGGGGGCAGACCCAGAACCUCACCGCCGCAGAUGCUGGAGUUGAUGAACAUCAGUUCCUUUCAGAGCUGCUGGAGAUGGGCGCCGAAAAGGACCAACUCAAUGAGGGCGAGCUCGCGACCUCUGAAGCUGGGGCUCAGCUUGGCUCGACGAGCGUGAGAUCUUCUUGGGGCAAGAGCGUGGGCGUGGGGGAGCUUUGGUCUGUCCUGCACUUCAGAGCUGGGUGGCAGCCCGCCUCCAGGAGGAGGCAGCAGUACUCAAAGAGCGGCGCAAAGGACGUGAAGAAAAUAUUCUUGCUCGAGAUCGGCGCGGGCAAGGUGGCUCUUACGGAGGUCCUCCCCGCUGCGCUGCAGAACAAGCUGGAGACUGGGCGCGGGCUGUUGCGAUCCCCAGUGGAGGCAGCAUCGCUAAUUCGUGAUGCAGGUGCUCCUCGUGCCAUGGACCCGAAGCUCGGGCGGCUCGGCUACGACUACGGCCACGCGCUGGGGGAGCUCUACACCUCUGGAGUGAUCGAGGCCAGCUCGGAGCCAGUGUUGGAGGAAGCUGGCAUGUUUUUUGUGGCUCGCAAAGACAAGCGGUUGCGUCUCAUCUGCGACACCAGGACACCCAACAUGCACUUUACCACUCCAGAGCACACGGCGCUCGCGACGGGCGAGGCGUUAUCCUCGCUGGAGGCGUCAGGAGUCACUAUGAUCGGCAUGAGUUCUGGAGACGUCGACUGCUGUUUCUAUCAAUAUGCAUUGCCGCCCUGGUGCAGGCGCUACUUCAACCUCCCGUUGAUCGAGAGUCGCUUCCUGCCACCAGAGGUUCGGGGCGCCUGCGGGCUGACGUUGAAGAGCGGCCAGGUUCGCUUUCGAUUCAAGGUGGUGCCCAUGGGCUGGAGCUGGGCAGUGCACUUUAUUCAAGAAGCACACCUUCACCUCGUCAAGUCAGUUUUGCCAACGCAGCCGUGGUGCUUGGACAAGUGCCCCGGCAUCGACUUGAACUCUGAGGAUGCCAAGGUCCUGUACAUAGACAACUUUGCUGUGCUGUCUCAGUCGUCCAACCGUGCCGCCACUGCCGUCGCCGACAUGCAGGCGGCCCUCGCGGCCAAGGGCGUGGUCUCAGAGCUAGACCCCACCCCAGCCGGGCGCGGCGAGCUGCUGGGAUGCGAGCUCGACCUGCAGACGGGCUGCUGGCAUGUCCUGGGCCGCCGGCUAUGGCGGGUCUACGGUGCCCUCGAGUGUGUCCUCUCGGGUCGGGCCAAGGUCUCUGGCCAAGAGCUCGAGCGUCUGAUUGGUCACCUGGUUUCCAUCCUGAUGCUGCGCCGGGAGGGGCUGGCCAUGCUGCGCUCCUCAUACGAGUUCGUGAAGGCCUCCUACUCCAAGACGCAGCCGCUCUGGAAAAGCGUGGCCCGUGAGAUGGGCUGGGUCAAGGCGCUGCUACCUUGUCUUCGGGCCGACACCCGGCGCCCGUGGAGCGAGGUGGUUACUUGCUUCGACGCGCCCCCCUGGGGCUACGGCAUCGUGGAGACCGAGUGGGACCUCAAGGACGUGCAGCGCGUCGGCCGGGUCUCCGAGCGCGCCCGAUUCCGAGGCGUGCUCGCUGCCGAGGGCGCCCCCCGCGAGAGGGCGCUGGAGCAGGAGAUAGCGCGGGCACCAGAGCCCGCCCUCCUGCUGGCUGGUCGUUCGGCAGGUUUCCCGGAGGUCGACUGCGGCAAGAUGCACGCUCGGCCCUGGCGCGUAGUUGGCUGCGGCCGCUGGAAGCGCAAGGAGGCCAUCCACGGGCUCGAGGGUGCCGCUCUGACUUGGGCCGUCCGCCGG